CCCUGGCCCUACACUAACCUGGAGAAGGGUUAUGACCUCGUCACAGGGGAGCAAGCGCCAGAAAAGAUAUUCAGGUGAGGAGACAUGUUAAUCCAAGUGCCCUCGCCUGAGUGCAUAGCUGGUGGCCUGCCAAAAUAAUGUAUUUCAGAUCAACUAUUCUGAAGUCUGGGAACCUGGGACGUUGUGUACACUACCAACCACUACCACACACUAUAGGAUCUGGGACUGUGUGAUUGUCACCUCCAUACAUCUGCCUCUGCUUCUGCUCUGAACACAGUAGUACACACACAAUAGUGUGUGACCAAUAGUACACAAUAAUGCAUGCACACACACACACACACACACAGAGAGAGAGAAUGCGGCCCUGUGAAGAAAUAGCCAGAGGGGAUGUCACGUACAUGGCUUUUAAGUACUCUUAGUGCCAGUCUUUGUCACAGGGCCUUUCUUGACAGGGACAUUCUCUGAGACAUUUUCCUGAGGAGUGCUAGCACAAAUUCUCCAUACAGUUGGAUGUGGCUGUGCCAGUCAAUAGAAACUUUCAAGGGCUUCUAACCCAUGCCUUUGGCAAAUUAGUGGAUUUCUUCAAAAGAUGCCCUUUCUGGGAUGUGUACUAAUUGGGAAGGUCAUGAUGACUUCAAGCAAGAGGUGUCAGAGAAUAUAUUUUAACCCCCCAAAAUAAGAAUAGACUAGGUGAUGUAAGAGUGAAACAGUAAAUAAUAUGAAGUGGGAAUGUAGGUUUUUAUGGCACCGCAGAAUAAUCUUAAAUCCUAUGAUGAAUUUGUCGCUCGGAGCCUCUACCUUGCAGUUGAGAGAUAUAAUUAUAUUUCAAAUAUUGCCUUUCUGUCACUCUUGUCAGAAUCACUACAGAUCUUUUCUCAGCUUUUCAUGAAUAAGCUGUUUUCCCUGGCAUCAUCAAAUGCCUGGUGUGGAAGUUUAUAGGGAAAAAACCCUGAGAAUAUCUCAUAUUUAUUUUACUUAACUGACCUGUCAUCACUCUCUGAUUCUCUCCUGUAUUCACACACAUGCAUAUGCAUGCGCACACACACACACACACACACACACACACACACACACACACACACACACACACACACACACACACACACACACACACACACACACACACACACACACACACACACUUGUACCCCCCCCCCCCCCACACACACACACACACACACACACACACACUUGUACCCCCCCCCCCCCCCACACACCUUUGAUAAAGCCUCCUGGUGUGUGUGAUGGAUGGGGAGAAGAGCAGGGGCCGAUCAAUGGGCUCCAGAGUGAGAGGACGGAGCGAGCGGGAGACUGGCUGUCAGUGUCUUAUUUAUGAGUGGAUGUGGCCAUUGAUCAGGCCUGAUUCAUUGUGUUUCUGUCUAUAUCCCAGGUCAGGGCUGGUGGCACUCUGCCCACUGCUCUGAGCACCUCUUUAAAUGACUACUGACAAAGAGCUUAUAAAAUGAGAUAUUGGCUGAAGUCUCCAUUACAUAACGCAGUGUUGGCAACGACUUAACGUCAGUCACAAGGCCAUGACAGCCAGCCUCGUUGAGUUAAUAAUUAGCAGUAGAUGUUAUUAUGAAUCAUAAUAGAUCUCUUUGUGUUCAAUAAUGACACACACAAUAUACAUUUGAUAUACAUUUUAAUAUAAUAUUGAGUAAGAACUCAGAGAAUUGUAUUCAAAUCAAAUGCAUAUUUUGUGUGUCAUUAUCGAAGACUGAAAGAGAAUCUGUGUAUUCACGACUUCCGUUUCUACAUUAUUUAUGCCUGUUUCUUAUUCACUGAUAAUUCAUGGAAAUACAGUUUUGAUCCAGCCCACGAGAAUACAUUCUCUCUUCAUAUUCCUACUCCAUUAGUCGAUAAAACAUUUGCAGCUCUAGCUAAUGACCAAACUCUUUUAGAGAACAUUUAUUGCUUGAUCAGCAAUCACACUGCACACUUAAUGAUGAUUCUCAAUAAGAGUUCAUACACAGGGAGUAAUGGUCAUGAACUGGAUGUAAAAUGUUUAAAAUGUUUAAUGAUAAUUGUGUAAUAUGGCAUGAUGUUAAUUGCCAGGGUAGAACUGCUAAUAUUAACACUACUGCUGUAGCACUGUGUCACGACUUCCGCCGAGGCUGCCUCCCCUCCUUGUUCGGGCAGGCUUCGGCGUUCGUCGUCACCGGAGUACUAACCACUGCCGCCCCAAUCAUCAUAUCAAUUGUCUUGUCAAUCACACAUACCUGGUUCUAUUCCCCUAAUUAGUCCAUGUAUAAGUGUUCCCUCUGCCCCCUUGUCUUUGUGGGUGAUUGUUUGUUGUGGAGGUUAGUAGCUCGGUGGAGCUCUUGUAUUUGGUAUCGACGGGAUUAUUUUUCCCGUGUGCCUUGUAUUUUCCAGUGCACCUGUUUUGUGCCCUGGAGUGUGUUUGACGCAUUUCUGCGUAAACCUGUAUUUUUUGGAAUAAAGCCUGUUUCUGUGAUUUACCCUCCUGCGCCUGACUCCUUCAACACCACCUUAUCACACACUGUUGAAUGACUGAUAACACUGAUGGACCUCACACAGCAUCGGUCAGGUCAUGUGGUCAGGAAAAGCCCCCUGUCCCAAAGUCUAAACAUUAUGCACAGUAGCAUGGAUCUUAUCUCAACUUUCCUCAUGUACAGUAAGUACUAGCUUUUUAGUUGAAUGCUUAACAUAAUUUAAUGAUAUGCAUUUUGGUACCACCUUCAGCCCAUUGUGUUUGAAACAGAUGGCAUUGAUAACAAAUAAAAACAGACAGAAAUGACCCUGUCAAAAGGAAAAAAAAGGACAAUCCCUUACCAGCUGUUAUAAUGCUGACUGAUUUAUAUUUAGCUGACUGUUUAAUAUGGAGGGUGAUCACGUGCUUGCCAUUUUUGACACUUAAGUAUCUUCUUGUCUCUGUGCCAAUGCAGGUCAUCCUACAGCCUAGGCCAGGGUCUGUGGCUGCCAGUCAGUAAGAGCUUUGUGGUGCCACCGGUGGAGCUGUCAAUCAACCCCAUCGCCAGUUGCAAGACUGAUGUGCUAGUGACAGAGGACCCUGGGGAUGUCAGGUCAGUUCACCUUUAA